UCACAUAAGUUUUCUCUUCGUGAUUAUGUAAACGGAACGAUAUUGUGCUACAUUCGGAACUGAAUUUCUGAUUUAUCAGACUUGAUAUAUUAUCGUAAUUUCAAAUUUACAACUUGAUCAUAUCGGACUCCAUAACGCGUGUCUUACGAUUUAUUCCAGGAGCGAGAAAGAAUCCAACAAUGAUGCUCAGCAACCGUAUGCCAAUGUUUUUGCGGAUUGCUGUGCAAGAGCAAUGGCACCAGCAAAGAGGAAUGGCUACUCUGAAGGCAAUUUCUAUACGUUUGAAGUCUGUCAAGAAUAUUCAAAAGAUUACUCAAUCCAUGAAGAUGGUGUCAGCAGCCAAAUACAAUCGAGCAGAACGUGAUUUAAAGCAAGCUCGUCCUCUCGGUGUUGGCACAAAAGUGUUUUAUGAGCAGGCUGAGAUACAAGCACCGCCAGAGGAACCGAAGAAGCUCGUUAUUGCUGUAACUAGUGAUCGUGGCCUUUGCGGUGCUGUACAUACUGGUGUAUCUCGCAACAUUCGUGAUCGAUUAUUGGCUGAUCCUAAGGAACGUGAGGACACUAAGAUCAUAUGCAUUGGCGAGAAGUCUCGUGCCAUUCUUCAGCGGCAGUUCGCGAACAAUAUACUCUUCGUCGCGUCUGAGGUCGGCCGUAAACCACCUACAUUCAACGAUGCUGCCAAAAUAGCUAUACAGAUAUUGAACAGUGGUUAUUCCUUUGGCAGUGGACGUAUAGUGUACAACAGAUUUAAGUCUGUGGUAUCGUAUGCGAUUGAUGAUCUACCAUUGUUCGAUAAGAAUGCAGUAGUUACUGCGCCAAAAUUGUCGGUGUAUGAUUCGCUCGAUGAUGAGGUAAUACAGAGCUAUCUCGAGUUUUCUCUUGCCUCGCUGCUGUUUUACUCUAUGAAGGAAGGUGCCUGUAGCGAACAGUCCAGCCGUAUGACUGCCAUGGAUAAUGCCAGCAAGAACGCUGGCGAGAUGAUCGACAAACUCACUCUUACUUUCAACCGCACUCGACAAGCAGUGAUCACUAGGGAACUGAUCGAAAUUAUUUCUGGUGCUGCCGCUCUUGAUUAAAAAUGCUCCGGAGGAGAAAUUUAGUUUAUCGAUUUAUAGUGCCGGCAAAUAGGAAGAGAAUAUGUUGUUGGAAAAGAAGAAAUAACGAGGAGAUAAUCUUGUUAAGUCUGAUUUAUGGAGUAAUCAUUAACUUGUACUGGAACCGAUAAAGUUUAAUAUUAAGAUUUCAAUGCUUUUGUUCAUAAUAUAUAAUAAUCAUAAUAUAAUAAUUGUAUGAAAGCAUUGAAAUCCUAGAAUUGAACUUUAUUGGUUCCGAUCUCCACAAAUCAGAUUUUAACUGUCGAAAGAUCAAGUUUCCCAUUGACUUGGAUGAUGUUUAAAUCGUUGAAGUGUAUAAACAU